AUGACACAGGAACAUGAAGCCAAGGAAAUUAUUAUCUUUGCCUUAGAGAUAGAAAAACUGUAUGAAGCACUGAAGGUGGAGCAUCAGCAAGUUCAGGAGGAUCUCGCAGCACGCAGUGUUUUAGAGACAGAGAAACUGAUUGGGAUGCUGAAGGCAAAAUACCAGCAAGCUCAUGAACGUCUCUCUGUAUGCAAUGCAAAACAAACCUGCACACUUUGUGAGGAAGGAUGGAAGUCUCUUGGUUUAAAGUGUUAUUACUUCUCCACUGAUAAACUGAACUGGACACAGAGUCGAGAUUACUGUGUGGAGAAAGGAGGUCACCUGGUGAUUAUAACCAGCCAAACUGAACAGGGCUUUUUAAUUUCACAAAUUGGAGAAACACACUGGAUUGGAUUGAAUGACUUGGAGACUGAGGGUCAGUGGAUGUGGGUGAACAACAAGCCCUUAAAUGAGACGGGUGUAACGUAAGGACAGUGUUCACUCACACACUCUAUUUCUCAUUAACCUCUUCUUUUCUUCACACUAAACUCAUUUUACUAUUACAAAGCUCCAAUAAUAUAUAUACUCAUUUAUGCAGAAAAUAAAUUC